CGGAAAUGACUGCAGGCGAAUCGGCGUUGGCCAAGCCUGGGAGAGUGUAGGUUGGCGGUGCUAGCUGCUGCUUUAGGCUUCAAAGAUGCCAGGUCUGGCGGCCGCAAGCCCUGCCCCGUCUGACUCACAGGAGAAAAAGCCGCUGAAGCCCUGUUGCGCCUGUCCGGAGACCAAGAAGGCCCGCGAUGCUUGCAUCAUUGAAAAAGGAGAAGAACACUGUGGACACCUAAUCGAGGCCCACAAGGAAUGCAUGAGAGCCCUGGGAUUUAAGAUAUGAGAUGGACCUGUAACCAUGGCUGGCACGUAGUAGGUUCUCAGUAGAGGUUUACUCUGUGAAUGAAUAAUUCCUGAAGAAUGAAGAAGAUUCAGUAGUUGUGAGAAUUCUUUGAGGAACUUUGAUAAAUGGAAAAAGUAUUUAUAAUUUAUUAAAAAAAAGGAAAUAUCUCUGGUCAGAA